AUGAGCGAAGCAUAUGCAAGAUCUCUAUGUAAAGUAGUAGUUGCACAAUUAGUUAAAGCAUUGGGGUUCACUUCAAUAUCACACGCAGCUUGUGAAGCUUUGACUGAUAUCAUUAAAUUAUAUAUAGAAGAGAUUGGUACACGAGCACAUAGUUAUAGUGAAUUGGCGUGUAGGACAGAUUCAAACUUUCAUGAUGUGCGACAAGCAUUUACAGACAUGUCGGUCGAUAUGAACGAUCUAUCACAGUAUCUAUUGCAAGCCGAUGAGAUACCAUUUGCAAAAACAUUUACACCAUUCCCUAUACCUUCUGUUACCAAUGUCAGUAAUAAUAAUAAUAAUAAUACAUCUUCAUCUUCAUCUCCUCUUCAUACACACAACAAAAAAUCAACAACAACCGAUAAUGAUCAAGAUAAUGAAAACAAUGAAGAAAAAGAAAAAGAUACUAAAAAUGAUCCAAACAACAACAAUAAGGAAAAAAACAAUGAAGAGACUACUAGUCACUUUAUAACCAAACUAGGUGAUGAUCAACACAACGAAUUUCCACCAAACAUACCAUCCUUUUUACCUAAAUUCCCAGAUCGUCAUACAUUUUCUAAAACUCCUUUAUAUGGAGAAGUUAUUACAGAUCCAAAUGCACUUAAAAAGACAAAAAACAAACAAAAAAGAAAGGUUGAAAAGAAUUUAAUUAAAUUAUCAUCAAUCACUACACCAACACCAAUUACAUCUUAUGAUUUAAAGAAUCAAAAAACCAAUAACAACAAUAAUAAUAAUAAUGAAGACCAUCAAGACGAUCAAGAUAAUGAUACCGAUAACGAUUUUGUAGAUAAUAGACUAAACAAACAACAACCACCUCAGAAUUCUGGCAUAGCACCUACACCAUUACAUGAUAUUAAUAGUACCUAUUUUGCCAAACACGAUGAUAUGGGUAGACGAAACGACGAACUACCACGACGAGGAGCUGGAGGUGAAGAAGAUAACGAACGUGCUAAAAAGAGACAAAAGUCUGAACGUAUUUUGGCACUUACUCAUGACAAUUCAUCAUCAUCAUCAUCAUCAUCAUCAUCAGCUCAAGCCUCUAAUCAAAAUCCUUCUACUCCAAAUUUAUAA